CGCUCUCUUUCUUUAUAUAUAUUCCAACUCUCAUAUAAGCUUGCUUCUGGGUAGCAUAUAAUUCAACUUUUUCUUGAUUAUUAAUUACCUAACUAACCCAACUUCUUCAAUAUUUAUAUCAUGGGAUUCAGUUCUAUGAUCUCAUGAUUUCUGUUCCAAACAUGUUUCCUAUCUUUUCUCUUACUUUCUUUCAGGUUUUGUCAGCACCAGAAGGAAUUGAAGCAACUCCAUUAUGUUGAUGGCUUAAACACUUAAACGGUUCUUUUAGAAAAAAAAAAAAAAAAGGGAAUUUUAAAGAAAAAAGAAGAAAAUUUAUGGCUAUGUACUAUCAAGGAAGCUCGGAAGUCCAAGGUGAUGGUUUGCAGACGCUUUAUCUGAUGAACCCUAACUAUAUUGGGUUCUCUGACACUGCACUGCCGCAAUCACAGCAGGCGAUGUUCUUGAACUCCGGAAACGCGCUUCAUGCGGGGGGUAUGCCUCACGCGCGGCUUCCUCAAUCCCAGCACUUUGUCGGCGUGCCUCUCCCGGCGUCGGCUCUUGGAUCGGCGCAGCUUCAUGACCCGGCCCGGAGUUUGUGGGCGGGUUUGGAGCAAGCCGGGAGUGGAAGCGGCGGUCAGCAAAUACCCUCUGCGGUGGUCUCCGGCGGCGGCGGAACCACCGACUUUGCGUCCCAGCUGGGGUUCCAUAGGUCGGUGGUGGUGUCACCGACAGCUCAACAGGGGCUGUCCUUGAGCUUAUCUCCCCAGCAGCACCCUUUCAGGUCUCUCCCCAUGGAAUCUCCGGUCGGGCUUUUAUCCGCGCGGCCCGGCGCCGCCCACGACAACUCCGGCGCGUCGUCGUCGUCGAUCACCCACGGAAUCUCCGGCUUCAUUACGGGCUCCAAGUACCUAAAGGCGGCCCAGGAGCUUCUCGAUGAAGUUGUGAACGUGGAGAAGAGCCUCAAGUUAGACGCCGCCGAGGAGGCGGCCAAUAAAGAAAAGGCGAAAAUGAAGAAAGAAUCAAUGCCCCCUUUCGGCGGCUGCGGCGGCGAUCCCCCCACCAGCGGUGGCGAAAGCAGCGCUCAGAAGACGGCGGCGGCUGAGUUAACCACCGCUCAAAGACAAGACCUUCAGAUGAAAAAGGCCAAGCUUCUUAGCAUGGUGGAUGAGGUGGAGCAGAGGUACCGGCAAUACCAUCACCAAAUGCAGGUGAUCGUGGCGUCGUUUGAGCAGGCGGCCGGAGUUGGGUCGGCGAGAUCGUACACUCACCUGGCUCUCAACACCAUUUCUAAGCAAUUCCGGUGCCUGAAAGUGGCCAUUGCUUCCCAGAUAAAGGCGACGAGCAAGAGUUUAGGUGAGGAAGAAGGGGUGCGAGGUUCGAGGUUAAAGUUCAUUGAUCAUCAUCUUCCUCAGCAACGUGCCCUCCAGCACCUUGGGAUGAUGCAGCCCAAUGCUUGGAGGCCCCAGAGAGGCCUCCCGGAGAGAGCUGUCUCCGUCCUCCGUGCUUGGCUUUUCGAACACUUUCUUCACCCGUACCCGAAGGAUUCAGACAAAAUCAUGCUUGCUAAGCAAACAGGGCUUACCAGAAGCCAGGUGUCGAACUGGUUCAUCAAUGCUCGAGUUCGACUGUGGAAGCCAAUGGUGGAGGAGAUGUACACGGAAGAAAUGAAAGGCCAAGAACAGUACGGCGGCUCCGGCGAAAACGCCGCCGCAGCAGGAAAGAGAAAUGAAGCUAAUAAGGAGAUUGGCUCCAAUAAUUCUACUGAAAAGCAAGAAAAGACGAGCAAUAUUCAAGAUAAUAAUAAUAAUAACAAUGCUUCUCCUACUGAAAUUUCCACUUCCAUUAUGACUGCAUCUCCCACCGGAGUUUCAUCUCUUCAGCCUCAAGGCGGCGGCGGCGGCGCUUUCUCCUUCAUCAACACGCUAAACAUGGAAAACGCCGGCGAGAGGAACGGGAAGAAACCGAGGAACGACAACAUCCAAAGCUCCCCCAGCAGUAUUCUCUCGGUGGACAUGGACAUGAAGUCCGCCGCCGGCGAGGCCAACAAAGGGUACAACCACCACAAGUUCACCGCCGACAGAACACCGGCCGCCGCCGCCGAAAACUUCCCUGACCUAAUGGCCGCCGCAAACACCGGCGGAUUCGGCGGAUUCACCAUCGGAGACUUCGGAAGGUUCAACCCGGAAAAUCUAACCGCCGGGUUUCAUCACGGAAACGGCGUCUCCCUCACCCUCGGCCUCCCGCCGUCUGAAAACCUAGCCGUCUCCGGUAGCCAACAAAAUUACCUUUCUACCCACCAAGACAUGGAGUUGGGGCGGAGACUUGAGAUGGGCAGGAUGGGAAUAGACAACAAUCCUCAACCUUCUUCCCACUCAAACAUCAAUGGCGGCUAUGAAACCAUAGAUUUCCAGAAUGGCAAGCGCUUUGCAGCUCAACUCUUACCAGAUUUUGUAGCGUGAAAAGGGCUUUAAUUUGCAGGUAAUUUAAUAUCAAGUGGUGCAUGGAAUCAAUCAAAGAAAUGGACAGAAAAAGUAGUAUAUAAUUUUCAUUAAUUAUUACGAACAUCUUCCAUAAUCUUGUACCUAUAUAUACACACAUAUAUAUAGCUCCUCCUUUUAGUGCCUAACCUGCAGGAAAAAAGAGAGGAGAUCAGAUGAUUUUAUUAUGGUUAGUGUAAGAUAGGUUUAAGUACGAUGAUUGGUAUAUAUAGGUUACACUUUUCAGUGGAACAUACAACUAUAUACUACGUAAGUAAAUAUAUAUUGGGUGGGUAUUAUUUACGGUUCAUCAACUAUAAUAUAUCUUUAUGCAAACAUUUAUCAAUGAAUUAAUGAAAACUUUGUAUGCUGUAAA